UCUGGGCGUCAUUAGCAUGUGGGUCUGUAAAUAGAGCGGGCGCGAGGCGGGCGCUAGUCAUUUACUGUUCGUAUACUUGAGGAGCAGCAUCAUGCCCGAUCCAGCCAAGACCGCGCCCAAGAAGGGCUCAAAGAAAGCCGUGACCAAGACGGCCGGCAAAGGAGGCAAGAAGCGCAGAAAGUCCAGGAAGGAGAGCUACGCCAUCUACGUGUACAAGGUCCUGAAGCAGGUGCAUCCUGACACCGGCAUCUCAUCCAAGGCCAUGGGCAUCAUGAAUUCUUUCGUGAAUGAUAUUUUUGAGCGCAUCGCCGGUGAGUCUUCUCGUCUGGCUCAUUAUAACAAGCGCUCCACCAUUAUCUCCAGGGAGAUCCAGACCGCCGUGCGCCUGUUGCUUCCCGGGGAGCUGGCCAAGCACGCCGUGUCCGAAGGCACAAAGGCCGUGACCAAGUACACCAGCUCCAAGGAAAGGCCAAAAAUCAAACUUGAUUGA